AUGACAAAAAUCUACAGGGCAAGUAUUGCUCUUAGACAUGUCCCCCAGAAGUGGAGAGAAACCAAGGUGGUUUUUAUACCUAAACCUGGCAAGAACGGUCACGUCAGGGCAAAGGACUAUAGACCAAUUAGCCUUAUGUCCUUUGUAUUAAAGACCUUAGAGAGACUGGUGGACAGAUUUCUCAAGUCCAACUCUCUAAUACAACAACCUCUAGCCGACUCUCAGUACGCUUACAGGGAGGGCAGGUCUACCGAAACCGCCCUAUAUCACCUGAUAAACAAAGUUGAGAGUCAGCUGGAGGCAAAGGGCUAUACGAUCGGAAUCUUCCUGGACAUCGAGGGCGCUUUUGAUAGCACUUCACACGAGGUGGUAGGGGAAGCACUGAUCAGACAUGGAGUACAAGAACCACUGGUGGACUGGAUAGAAGACAUGCUAGUGGACAGAUGCUUGACGGUGGAGUGCCAAGAUAUCUCCAUCAGAGGAAAACCAACGAGAGGCUGUCCACAGAGGGGAGUUUUAUCUCCUCUGUUGUGGUGUCUAGUGAUAGACGACCUGCUAAAAGAGCUACAGAGGAAAGGUUUCUCGACCUUUGGCUAUGCUGAUGACGUGGCCAUUGUGGUUAGAGGACCAUUUCUCAACACACUAAGGGACCAAGCAAAAGAUACCUUAAAGAUUGUGCAAAACUGGUGUGAGAACAGAUGUCAAACGAUUAAUCCGAGCAAGACAAAUAUUAUGGUCUUCACCAGAAAAUAUAAACCUGAACCCAUAGAGACGUUAAAACUCUGGGGAAAGGAAAUACCGUUUACGAACUCGGUGAAAUACUUGGGACUGAUUCUAGAUCCUAAGCUUAGCUGGGGAAAACAUCUCAUAGAGCAAAAGAAAAAGUUCUAUGCAUCCAUGGCGGUCCUGCUGCCGCGGCUGUUAUACGCGUCAGUCGUCUGGUGGACGAGAAGAAAUAAAGGGGAGGUGGAGAAACUACUUAGAAGCCUGCAAGGUUACUACCUAAGGGCUGCAGUAGGGGCCAUAAAAACCACACCCACAGAGGCGCUUGAAAUAGCACUUAGUGUUACGCCAAUAGGCUUGGCCGUGAUAAAAUCAGCCAAUACCACGGCAUACCGCCUGAAAUGUCAGGGUGAAUGGAGAAACACAGGACUGGUACACACCAGGCUAGGUCUUUUCCAAAAGUACCCUAUUGAGGGAAAACAAGACAGAACCACAAGAAAGUAUCAACUGGUAAAACAUUUUAAAUUAUGGAUACCUGAUAGAAACGAGUGGUUGAAACCGGGCGGGAUCAUGGACACAAAAGUGGACAUGUGGUUCACGGACGGGUCAGGCAUAAACAAUUGCUUUGGAGCAGGAGUAUAUGGACCUGGGAAAAACCAUAGGGAAAAUAUUCCAAUUGGAGGCGACUGCACGGUCUUUAUGGCAGAGAUGCUCGCCAUCCUCAGAUGUGCCGAACUGAUCCUAACCAAGGGAACAAAUUGCAGGAAAAUAUAUAUCUGCACGGACAGUAGGGCAGCCCUUCUGGCGUUGGUAGGUGCGACCACCGAGUCAUACUUGGUAUGGGACUGUAUGCUGGCGCUGGAGGAGCUGUGCGGAAAAAACAAAGUAACGUUAGUCUGGGUACCCGGGCAUCAGGGCAUACCGGGAAACGAAAUAGCAGACUCACUGGCUAGAGAAAGGGCUAGCAAAGCACCAGAUAGUCGGGAGGUGGGAGUGCCCUUUACGAUGGGCAAGAACUUCAUCAGAGACAAUAUAAACAAACAACACAAGGCCAGGUGGGAAAAUCUGAAAUCCUGCCGACAGGCCAAAUUUCUGAUGAAAGACAUAAAUGGUAACAGAACCAAAGAACUACUUACACUGAAUAGGCAGAAAUUGAGGAUGGGGAUAGGACUGUUGACAGGACAUUCACCAAUACUCAAAGCCCACCUAUUCAAUAUCAGACUCGCAGACAGGAAGGAGUGUCGACUAUGCGGGGAGGAAAAAGAGGACAGCAUACAUAUUCUGUGCCAAUGUCCGGCUCUGACUAGAAAGAGAUUCAGGAUCUGGGGACAAAGUUUUCUUAAAUCCCAAGAAUUAGACAACAACAAGGGUGGUGGAACUCAUAAGCCUAGUGGAGAACUCUGGGCUGAGUACACAUCACCCAGUUUAAAGACAAGAGUGAGAAGACACAAUGGAUCUUGCUAG